CAGGCGGGCGGGGGGCGCCCGAAGAUGGCGGCGGCUCCGGUACCCGCGGCCCCUCCGGCCCCUUCGGCCCCCGCCGCUGCUCCCGCGGCAUCCCCGGGGCCGCACGGCCGCUUCUCCCUGCUCGCCAUCGUGGGCGGCGGCUGCCACCGGCCCGGCCUCAGAGCCGCCGCGCUGCAGCAGCUGGAGCGAGGGAUCCGCUCGUGGGACAUCGACCUCACCCUCUGCAACCUGGACGAGCAGCUGAAGCUCUUCGUGUCCCGACACUCGGCCACGUUCUCCAGCAUCGUGAGAGGUCAGAGGACCCUCCACCACCGCGGGGAUGUGCUGGAGACCCUGGUGCUGCUCAACCCCUCCGACAAGUCACUGUGCGACGAGCUGCGGAACCUCAUCACGGACACAUCGCAGCACAAGCUGCUCGUGUUCGCGGGGCCCUGCGUGGAGGACACGGGCGAGCUGAUGCUGCAGACCGGCUGCUUCUCCCUCCGGGAUUUCAUCCAGAUCUUCACGGAUAAGGAGGUGGGGGACAUCCUGAGCUCCGCAGACCCCUCGGCCAAGGCCAGGCUGACCAUCAGCUGCCCCGAUUUUGGGGAGUGGAGGGACUCGGGCCUGGAGCAUCACAACCUCCAGGACUUCAUCGAGCUGCGCUACAACCCAGGCUGCGUCCUGCCGGAGAUGGAGGGGCUGGAGGAGUUCAUGGAGUACCUGUCGGAGUCUCUGGAGCCCCAGUCCCCCUUCGACCUCCUGGAGCCCCCCACCAUGGUGGGCUUCCUCAAGCUCUCCAAGCCCUGCUGCUAUAUCUUCCCGGGCGGGAGAGGGGACUCUGCUUUCUUUGCCGUCAACGGUUUCAACGUCUUGGUCAACGGGGGCUCCAACCCCAAAUCCUCCUUCUGGAAGCUGGUCCGGCACCUGGACCGCAUCGACUCCAUCCUGGUGACGCACGCGGGCACGGACAGCCUGCCUGGCAUCAACAGCCUGCUCCAGAGGAAGCUGGCCGAGCUGGAGGAGGACCCAUCCCAGUCCCAGAGCUCGCAGGGCAACGGGGACUGGGCCAAGAACCUCAUCUCCCCAGAGCUGGGCGUCGUCUUCCUCAACGCCUCCGAGAAGCUGAAGGACAUCGAGGGCAACUCCCGGGUGCUGAAGAGCUGCGACGAGGCCGCCCUCACCCUGCACUACCUGGAGAAGUUGGGCAUCCGCCCCAACCUGCUGGCCCGGGACAGCGGCCCCCGCGCCGAGCCCACCGUGCUCUUCCAGAAGAUGGGGGUGGGCCGGCUGGACAUGUACGUGCUGAACCCCGUGAAGGGCACCAAGGAGCUGGAGUUCCUCCUGCAGCAGUGGGCGGGCAACGGGUACCCCAAGGAGCAGGACCUGCCCCUGCAGUGCCUGACCUCGGUGUGCGUCCUGCUCGUCUGGCACCCCGUGAGCCGCUCCGAGAAGAUCAUCCGGGUGCUCUUCCCCGGCUGCACCCCCCAGGCCCGCAUCCUGGAGGGGCUGGAGAAGGUGAAGCACCUGGAGUUCCUCAAGCACCCCGUGGUCACCAAGAACGAUCUGAAGGGGGUGUCAGCGUCCCCGCCGGAGAAGCCGCUGAAGCAGAGGAGGGCGGAGAGCAAGGAGAGCCUGAAGUCGGGUUCCAAGCUCAGCCUGGUGGAGGCUGGGGCACCGGUGCCCAAGGAGAAGACUCCAAAGGUGGAGAAGAAGGAUGUGAAGGCUGGGGCGAAGGAGAAGCCAAAAUCCCUGGGGGAGACGGCCAGAACAGGGUCAGAAGAGGAGAAAGCCAAGGAUGCUCGAGCCAAGCCAGACUCUGCGGUGGAGAAGGCGAAGGCAGACGUGAAGGUGAAGCUGAACAAGGAGAAAGCGGCUCCCAAGAAGGAACCUGUUCCCAAGAAAGAGGAGAAGAAGCCACCAAAGAAGGACGAGGGGGCCGAGGGGAAAGGGGAGGCCAAGAAGGAGGUGAAGGUGGUGAAGAAGGAGGCGAAGGCUGAGACACUGCGGAAGGACACGAAGGAGAGCAAGGCAGAGGCCAAGGCUCCAGCCAAGAUUCCAGCACGGAAAACGCCGGUCCCCGAGACCCGCAAGCCCCUGGCCAAGGCUGGCAGCAUCAAGAAGCCGCCACUCAAGAAGGAGCUGGAGAAACCCAAGGGUAAAACCCCACGGGAGGUGGGUGCCAGGAAGGAUCCUGGGACGUCGGAUGGCUCCAAGUCCUCCUCCCCUGAGGACAUGCUGCCGGAGGCCGAGCGGGAGCCGGGACCCGGCAGGAGGAGGAGGAAGGAGGAAUCCACGGACGAGGGCAUCGCCACGGCCGAGAGCGAGCUGGAGCCUUUGUCCCUGGAGAAUGGGGGGCCCAGGCGGCCGGGGGACUCCUCCUGCCUGGAGAACGGCCUGGAGGACCCCGACAGCCCCCAGCGCCUCCGCUACCUGGAGAGCAGCCCCCUGAGGGCCGUGUGCCCCCCCUCGCCCAUGGCCAAGACCCCCAAGAGCGACCGCAGCGUCAACUUCGACCUGACGCCCACCGGGCUGCUCAACCACGGCCCCGAGGGCACCGAGGACCCCUGCGGGAGCUCCGAGGAGAAGACCCUGGAGAUGAUGUCCCCGGCCAGCUCGGGGCCGGCCAGUGCCGGGCACACGCCCUUCCACCAGUCCCCGGUGGACGAGGGCGCGGAGGAGCCGGGCACCGGCACCGCCCGGCAGCCCAACGCGUGGCCGGCGGGCGGGGGCAAGGCCGGGCAGGAUGGCCCUGGGCAGGAGAAGCAGGCGGGGUGUCUGUCCCUCAGCCCCUUCAAGGAUGAAGUCCCUGACGUGUCCCCCACCAUCACCACGCCCUCGCUGCCGGCCGAGGUGGGCUCCCCGCACUCCACCGAGGUGGACGAAUCGCUGUCGGUCUCCUUCGAGCAGGUGCUGCCGCCGGUCAGCGAGUCCCCGCCGGAGGAGGGCCGGCGCUCCCGGGGCACCGGGGACACGCCGGAACCGGAGCCUGCCAAAGGGGGGCUGUCGCUGCCGCUGCGGCCCUGCCACCACCCGCCCUGGGCCGACGGGGACGCGGCACCGCGGCCCGGCCGCCGCUCCGAGUCCCCCCACGACGUGGACCUGUGCCUGGUGUCGCCCUGCGAGUUCGAGCACCCCAAGUCCGAGCGGUCGCCCUCGGCCGCCGCCAGCCCCCGGGAGCUGUCGGACAGUGACCCAUCACAGGAGCUGGUGCCGCCCCGGGGCCGCCCCGGGGAGACCCCCCCCACCUCCGUCAGCGAGUCGCUGCCCACCCUCUCCGACUCCGACGUCCCCCCGGCCACCGAGGACUGCCCCUCCCUCCUGGCCGACGGGCUGGAGUCGGACGAGGACUCGGAGCGGCCGCCCCGCGCCGUGGCCAGAGCCUGCGACCCUCUGCCGGCCCCCCUGAAGGACCCCUGCCCCAUCCCCGCCCAGCCUGGGAUCUGCAUGGUGGACCCCGAGGCGCUGCCCCCCGGCAGGAAGGAGCCCCCCAGCAAGGUGAAGAGGAUCCCGUCCCGCGUGGGCUCCGCGCCCCCUGCCCUGAAGGCUGAGCCCCCCCGACACCCCUCCUCGGCCCCCAAGGCCAGGGGUCCCACCAGCUCAGCCCGGGACAGCGGGGACAAGGCCAGGCCGCUCCCUGGGGACAAGAAGGGCCCCUCCCUCGGGGACCCCCGCACCCCCGGGACCACCCGUGGCGCUGGAGCCCGGCCGGCGGCGGGAGCGGGACGGGCAUCACCCGCAGGCUCACGGGCUGCAGCCCCCCAGGGCCCCCCCAUCUACGUGGACCUGGCGUACCUGCCCGGCUCCUGGAGCGCCCGCACCGUGGACGAGGAGUUCUUCCGGCGCGUCCGCUCCCUCUGCUACGUGGUCAGCGGGGACGACCACCUGAAGGAGGGGGUGCUGCGCCCCCUCCUCGACGCCCUCCUCAGCGGCAAGCACCAGUGGGGCAUCGACAUCCAGGUGACCCUGAUCCCCACCUUCGACUCGCUGGUGAUGCACGAGUGGUACCAGGAGACCCACGACCGGCAGCAGGAGCUGGGCAUCACGGUGCUGGGCAGCAACAGCACCGUGGCCAUGCAGGAUGAGACCUUCCCUGCGUGCAAGGUGGAGUUCUGAGGGCGGGGGGGGGACACACAGCGUGGGCUUCAACCCCCCCCCACCCCGUCCUCCUCUGGGAGCCCCCCUCCUCCCUCCUCUCCCACUCAGGGCUGUGAAGCCACUGUGGGUUGGAGGGGAGGGAGAGGGGGCUCUGCUGGGGGGAUGUGGGGUUGUGCCUCCACCCUCCCCCCCAAGGACCAGGGGGGGGCUCCCUGAGGUUCCCCGAGCCCUCAGCUCCCCCCCGCCACACCCCCCACCGCGUGGUCCCCGCAUGCCCACGCCAGCCACGCUCUGCACCCGCCGCCAGCCCGGGGAGGGGGUGAGGGACCAGCUGGGGAGGGGUCACCCUGCUUUGGGGGGAUGGGAGGGGGCAGGAUAUAACCCCCCCCCCAUCCAGCAGCGGUGCUGAGCCGUUCCCCAACAGGCAGCUCUAUUUAACAGGGUAAACUUUGGUGUUCUGUUGUUUUAUCCCCUUCCCUGGACAAGCCCCCGCCCCCAUACCCACUGCCCUGCUCCCCCUGGGGUGGGGGGCAGCUCUCCUUCUGGGGGGGGACAACCUCGGGGGUCCCAUCUCUGAGGGGGGCAGGAGCCUGGGGGGCUGCUCCUGCAGCCUUGUCCCUGGCAUUGUGACCUCACCCCCCCAAAAGUGGUUGUUCCCCCACCCCCCCAGAAAGCAGAUGUUCCCCACACACACCUCAUGUGCAGCAGUGGGGGGGCCCAUCCUCCCCCUGAGACCUGACAACUCGCUGCACUGAUGGCUCUUCCCCCCCUGGCAGCAGAUUUUGGGGGGAGCUGGGGGAAGAACCCCCCUCGCUUACCCACCAUUUUUUGGGUGAGGGGGUGGGAGGCAGCCCCCCCAUCCACCCCCACCCCCUGAGUUGCUGAAAGCUGUUCAAAACCAAACGUCACGUGCAAUUUUUAAGGGGUUUGAUGAGAGGAGAGCACGGGGGGAGGGGGCUGGGCUGGGAGUGGAGGGAUGGGGGCAGGACAUGACUCCCCUCCCCACACCCCCCAAUCCCCACCCGAGACAAACACUAACCCGUUUUGUAGGAGGCUCCUCGAUGGCUCUUUUUGUAAUGACUUUUAAGAAAAAAAGGAAAAAAAUAAAGCAAGACGAAAAUAGUGAAAACUGAACAAACCAAACCUUUUUUUUUUU